AUGCCCUGCAGGCCACUUCUAUUCGACUUGCCGAGCCGGAAUGGCCCGAUAUGUCGAACAUGCCUGCUUGCCAUCCGGCAAAAGGUGGUGCCUCCAAGGAUAGCUGCGUACAGCUCACAGGCGACCUCAAAAUCGAGGACAAAUGAACGUUCUCGGAAUACUGGCUCGAUUUCCAGGCGGCCCAACAAGACGGAAUUGAACCAAUACCUCCAGGGCAUCAAAGACUUGCAAGCAAAUGCGAAAGGGGACCAAGACAAUGGGGUUUUCUCCGUACGAUUCUUCGAACAAGACGAGCACAGGCGAAACGAGCUGCCAGACAAUGAGGCAUUCAGUCAUUCCGUUGGGAAACUGGACGGGUCUGAAUUAAAGGAAGCUCUUCGAGAUAUUCAAGCCAGUUUGGGGUCAAGGGAAGAAAUAGAUGCAUUUCAGGCUGUGCUACGCGAAGUCGGAGGCGACGUGGGGAAUGUGGGAUCUGCGAAGGAUCUGGAAAAGAUGAUGGAAAGGAUGGAAGCAUAUACCAAGUCAAUCGACGCCGAAAUCGAACAUGCCGGCUCCAACUUGCCGAGGGAGAUGUUGGACGAGCUGCAAAGAGACCUGGCAGAUCUGCCGCUCUCAGAUGAGGGUCUGCAACCCCGAAUCGCACUGCCUCAGAUUCCCGAAAAACAGUGGACGCCGAAUCAGCGAAAGAAGAUUAAUAGGCUAAACGUGGUGCUGUCACGAGCCUUUCGAGAGUCUCGUCGCAGCUCUGGGCUCACCAAGAAUAGCGUUUCCGCAGUGUACAAGGCCUACCACGCUGCGCGGCUCACCUUGGCUAGAGGCUGGGGUCACGUUCCCAUCGAAGUUUGGGAUUUGCUGUGGACUGUGCUUUCAGCAGACGAAUCCAUCAACAUUCACCGCCUGGCGCAUGUCUCCCUGCUGGCCAGAGACAUGAGCGAAGCCAGAGUGACACUGAGCCCCUCCCAGCAGCUCGUCACAAUUGAGGCCGUCUUCGUGGAUGGCUGGGAGGCAAAGGCGAUUGAUAACUGGAAACGCUGCGUCAGUACUCUUGGCGACGAGAAGGCCGAAACCUUUAAGGACUACUGGGAGCUUGGAGUGCGCAUAUUUUGUCGGGUGGGCGACCUUGAUCAAGCCGAGCGAGCGGCCAACAAACUGCUGCAACGACACAUGGAUCCACGCAUCUUGAUGCCCCUGGUUCGAACGCUGUCCGAACAGGCGACGACAGAGAGCCAGGAGCGGGCGUGGACUACAUAUCGAAAGAUGCGAGACUUGCUGGGCAAGACCAUGAAGCUGUCAGACUACGACCAAGUCAUUUCUUACUUUUUGGCCACGAACCAGACAGAAAAUGCCCUGUACGCAUUUGUCGACAUGAUGAGUGACGGAGAGAUUGACCUCAAGAAGCAAAAAUACAUGCCCUCAGUGGUGGCUAACAAAUUCUUCUUGGGCAAAUGGCUAAAGCGACUCAUCGGUGCCGGUGAUUUACACGGAGCCUUCAACGUCGUAGAGUUUAUGCGCGAAAGGGGCGUGGCCGCGUCUCCCAUUCACCUCAAUGGCCUCAUUGGCGCGUGGCAGAGAUCAGGAGGUACGGAGGAUUUGGAACGGGCAGACAAAUUGGCCUGGGACAUGAUUGAGUCCCGAAUCCGCUUUGUCAAGUCGAGGGCUGUCGGGUCGUCAGCAGAACCAGAAUCCACAGUCUCCUGGCCACGAGCCACACUUGAAACCUUUUCCCUCAUGGCAGAAAACUACCGUCUCCGAGAACUGCAUACCCGCAUGGAAUCCCUGUGGGACGCCUUUCACGAGUCGGAAAUCAGUCCAGAUGCCUUCAUGAUGAACCAGCUGCUCGAAUCUCACCUCCAAGCCGGUCAGCCCAAGGACGCACUCGACCUGUACCGUUCCCUCGUCACAGAACGCGGCAUCUCUCCCGAUCCAUAUACCUUUAGCGCCCUGUGGAAGACUCUGCCCGUCAACAGACUGCACACCAUUGCCCCAUCCUCUCUGCCUGCAGAAAUCACAACCACGCGGCAACUCUUUUGCGAAACGGCCAGCUUUAGAGCCGUGUUUGAACCAGACGGCAUAGAUGGCCAGCUUGCGCGGAAAAUUCUCCACACCUUUCGCCGUCUCAAAGAUGAUGCGGGAUUCCUUGUGGCCCUGACAGCGUUGAAACAGGUUUUCAAGUUCUUGCCCCCAGAGACACUAGUCAUGGAACUUUUGCUCGGAACGACAAAGAUAUCGUGGGAGAGCCCGUCGCAGCGAAAGCGUCUCAUUUUCGCCAAGAGAACAUUGGACAAUGAGUUGUCGGCAUGGGCAGAUGGUGACAUGGACAAGCUACAGGGGGAUAGGCGGGGAGAUGCUCUGUACAAGUAUUUGCAGAGAAAAUUUUGGUUGCAGGGUGCGGAUGAGCAGCGGAGAGAAGGUUUAAUGAAUGCCGCGCGGGAAAUGGGCGUGUACGAUGUGCUGGCUAACAAGAUGUGA